AUGUGCCUGCUGGAUCCUUGCCUGAGCAUCAUCUGCACCGGUUGGUCAUGCUGCACCUCACUGAGGGUUGCAUGCCCUGGCCCAGUUGGCAGUGCUGCCAGUGCUUCAACCUGGGUACUCUCCUUCACCAACCCAUUUGGUGAGCACAACAGGAUUCCUUGUGCAUGUACCCAUUGCUACCUAGCUGGCUUGGGUCAUUGCAUGGAGUAUCCUGGUGAUGGGACUCCUAACAUGCAGCUGUGGGGCUCACAUCAGGCUGAGCAAGCUCACCUGACCAUGGCUGAUGGCAAUGGCCCUGGUCUUGUUCAUUCCCAGGAACAGACAAUUGACCCAGUCAUGACUCAGGACUGGGUGACCACAAUGUGCAUGGUGUGGCACCUACACUGCCAGGAACUGGUAUAUGUUGAGCACCAUGACCAGUUGUUCUCUGAGCGCCAGCCUUAUGAGUCUGUGAUGGAGUCUGGUGGCCCUCCAGACCCCAUCAACUUAUGGGUGGAGCCUAUGGUCAAUGAGCAGUGGACUUGUGCAGCCCUUGCUGCUCCCUCCAUCCCCUCUGGCUAUGUUGACAUGUAG